AUGCUUGAACCCAAGCAGGAUGAGCCAUGUGACCUCAGGGGCCAGAGAAUGACCUCUGAGGAGGACCAGUCCCCGGGGAACCUGUCGGACGCUUCGCUCACCACAGCGAGCCCUCGGUCCAGGAGUCUCACGCUGCUGGAGGACAUGUGUACCUCUCUGGAGGAGAACCUGGUUCCUCCAACACCUCCACCCUCCACUGAAGGAGAAGAUGGCAGAAGCACAGAGAGCAGCGUCCACGAGGAUGAGGGCAAAGAGAAGGAGUUCUUGCACGCACACUCACGAGACUGUGAUGAAGAAAAACAGCUGCUUGUUGAUGAAGAGAAUGUGUCAGAUGCGCUGGACACCAAUGCUCCCCCUUCAUCAUCAUCCUCAUCAUUUGUCAUCCCCGAGCUUCGAUUAGAUCGCUCCUUCAGUGCGGACGCCCUCUCCACCCCCGGCACCGAUGAAGAGUAUGAGGAUGAGGAUGAAGAGGAGGAUGAUGAAGAGGAGGAGGAAGAUAGUGACGAGAACUACCUGGAGCGCAGUGACAGUAAACGCAGGAGCAUGGUUGAAGCCUCCUCAUGUGAAAAGCACCCGAGUGGACUCAGCGUGCAGAACUCCCUGCGCAGACGCACACACAGCGAGGGAAGUCUUCUCCAGGACCCGCGCACGACCUGCUUCACUUCUGAUAACGCCAUCCACUGCAUGGAGGGCUCAGGGACACACACGGGCGGGUGGACGCUUCCCUCACCCAGAACCCUGAAGAAAGAGCUGACGAAGAACGGAGGGUCCAUGCAUCAGCUCUGCAUGCUGUUCUCCGGGAGAAAAUUGAGCGCCGGCUCUGAAUGCAGCUGUGACACGGGUCCUGACGGGGCCAAGAAGAAGAAGUCCAAAAACCUGGCCAAAGACAUGAAGAACCGACUCGCUUUCCUGAGGAGGAGGAAUGAGUCUCCCGGAAGCACCCCAGUCGGCAAGCUCGACAAAACCUUGAAGUCUAUCAAGCCCACUCCAGAAGAGGCGAUGAAGUGGGGCGAAUCGUUGGACAAGCUGCUCGUCCACAAAUAUGGGCUGGCGGCGUUCAGAGCUUUCCUGCGCACAGAGUUUAGUGAAGAGAAUCUGGAUUUCUGGCUGGCCUGCGAGGAUUACAAGAAGAUUAAAUCCCAGUCCAAGAUGACAUCGAAAGCUAAGAAAAUCUAUGCCGAGUUCAUCGCCAUCCAGUCCUGUAAAGAGGUGAAUUUGGAUUCCUACACCAGGGAACACACUAAAGAGAACUUGCAAGACAUCAACCGCUCGUGCUUCGACCUGGCCCAGAGGAGGAUACACGGCCUGAUGGAGAAAGACUCGUACGCUCGAUUUCUGCGCUCGGAGCUCUACGUGGACUUAGUGAACCAGAAGAAACCAAGCACCACAUCGACAUCCUCCUCCUCCUAAGACGACACCGAGAGAGAGACACUAUA